AAGCAAUUCCGGUGAGUGCGGGUGUGGGGUCCCCACUGCUUGGGAAUCAGGACAGAGAACCUGAGUCGGGGCAAGUCCGAGAGCGAGGCUCACACACCCUGUCCGGCAGAUGACUGUCCACAACCUGUAUCUAUUUGACCGGAAUGGAGUGUGUCUUCACUACAGCGAGUGGCACCGCAAGAAGCAAGCGGGGAUCCCCAAGGAGGAGGAGUAUAAGCUGAUGUACGGAAUGCUCUUCUCCAUCCGCUCGUUUGUCAGCAAGAUGUCCCCGUUAGACAUGAAGGAUGGCUUCCUGGCCUUCCAAACUAGCCGUUACAAACUCCAUUACUACGAGACGCCCACUGGGAUCAAGGUUGUCAUGAAUACUGACUUGGGCGUGGGACCUAUCCGAGAUGUGCUGCACCAUAUCUACAGUGCGCUGUACGUGGAGUUGGUGGUGAAGAAUCCCCUGUGUCCACUGGGCCAAACUGUACAAAGUGAGCUGUUCCGCUCCCGGCUAGAUUCCUAUGUCCGCUCUCUGCCCUUCUUCUCUGCCCGAGCUGGCUGAAACAUCCUACCUCACCUCUCAGAAGAAUCUGUGACUGCAAGGGGUCCUUUCUAACUUGUGACACUGUAAGCCCUUACAUCUGCCCCCCUCCCAGGGUUUCAGACUUAAAGCCCACACUCCACCCAUCCCCUGCCCCGUGCCCUCGAAUCACCAAAAUGAAGUCCACAGAAUUCCCUAUGUCUCCAAACCGGCCCUUCUCUCCCGUUUUAUACCCUACCUGACGC